GCAGCCUGGGCACCCCUGGCAGGGGGGACACCGCAGGCCCCCCAGGCACCACCAGCAGGUAUGGCACCCCAGUCUGCUCUGGCACCUUCGCCAUCCCCAUCACACCCGUCCCCCCGGCACUUUUCGCAUGGGGGUUCAGCAAGCCCCGGUCUGCAGAGGGCUCCAUGUGGCUGCCUCUUCGACCCCCGGGUCUUCCGCAUCCAGUGGACAACCACCGACCUGCCUCCACCGGCCACCGCCACGCUCGGCCAAGGCGCCGCUUCUCUGCCGGCUGCUGCCCUGUGGGGUCCCGGGGGCUGCGGGGCCCCCCUGGCCUGGGCAGCCCCAGGACCCCCCAGGGCCAACCACAAUACCUUGCACCCUACGAAAAUAAGAGGAGUGGGGUGGCCCCAGCCCCUCUGGAGCUGCCAGUGUCCAUCCCCAGCUACGAGGACAUCGACGGGCCAUUGGCCAAGAUCAACACGUGUGGCACGGCCACCCCUGCAGGGCUACGAGGACAUCGAGGGGCCGUUGGCCAAGAUCAACACCUGCGGCAUGGCCACCCCUGCGGGGGCACCCCCAGGCAGCGACAUCCCCCCCAGCCCCUGCGCUGACCCCCACAACCAAGCCCUUGGGGAGCCCGUAGGUGAACUUGCAGCGCCUGAGAAAGUGGCUCUCCAAGAGGCCCUAGUGCUCUCUGAUUGCUCCCUGGAUGGGGUGGGGGUCAGCCAGGAUGCUCCUAGCAGGACCUCCAUGCCCGAGGACGCUGGUGGCACCGGCGCAGCCACCCCCGGCCGCGACUUCAGCUCGCUCUCGCUGCCUGAGGAGCUGCUCACCCCUGACUACUGCAUCCCCGAGCUCAGCGACAUCAUGCUGAGCCUAGAAAUAUUCAACGUCAUCGGGAUGGAGCCCCAGGAGCCGUGGGAGGAUGCCGGGAUGGGACCUGCCACCAUCCCCGCCUGCCGUGGCAGACAAGCCGAGGAAGAGGCAGGCGCAGAGGCUCCUUGCCAAUGCCACCCAGCAAGCGCAGGGCUCCUCGCAGCCAACAUGGGGGUGUGA